CAGCAGAGUGCCCUGGACAGCCCUGCCUGUCUGGGCAGUAACAGGAGCCAGCUCUCAGCUGUGAGACGAGUCUUGGAGAGGGAGACCCACUCCCCGUUUUAUCAGGAAGGUGUGAGCUAUGCCCUGUUGAAGGUCACUGAGCUGGGGCUCGUUCCUGCUGCAGAAAUCCUCCUGGAGUUCGGAGCUGACCUCAGCUUUGAAGAUCCAGUCACCUACUACACCCCUCUGCACAUCGCGGUGCUCCGCAACCAGCCGGAUAUGGUGGAGCUCCUGGUGCACCACGGGGCUGACAUCAACCGGAGAGACCGGAUCCACGAGAGCAGUCCCCUCGAUCUGGCGAGCGAGGAGCCCGAGCGGUUGCCGUGCCUCCAGCGCCUGCUUCAGCUGGGUGCUGAUGUCAACGCAGCUGACAAAAACGGAAAGACAGCGCUGCUGCACGCCCUGGCCAGCAGUGACGGAGUCCAGAUCCACAACACUGAGAGCAUCCGUCUCCUGUUGGAAGGAGGUGCAGAUGUCAGGGCCACCACCAAAGAUGGUGACACUGUCUUCACCUACAUCAUUUUCCUGCUGGGAGAAAUGGCGUGCAGCAGCACUGAGGAGGCACAGGUGAUCAAUCACUUCUGCUUUCGUGUCACACAGCUGCUGCUGGCCCACGGUGCUAACCCCAGUGAGUGCCCAGCCCCCGAGUCCCUCACUCAUCUCUGCUUCAAAAGCUUCAAACUCCACUUCCUACUGCUGCGUUUCUUGCUGGAGUCAGGUGCUGCCUACAACUGCUCCCUCCAUGGUCCCUCGUGCUGGUCAGGCUUCCACAUCGUCUUUGAGUGCCUCUGCUCGCACCUCAGUGUCUCUGAAGAUGAUAGCUUCUCUACAGACCUCAUCCAGAAGGGUCAGACUCUGCUGGAGCUCAUGAUGGCCAGUUCACAAGCCAUCCAGCUGCCCAGCAACUUUGAAGUCAACACCAGUAGUUGUAGGUACCACGGGGAAAAGAUCAGGACUCUCUUCUGCUCUCUGAAGCAGCUGGAGCGCUCCCCACAGGCCUUGAAACAUCUCUGCAGGGUGUUUAUCCGUCAGCGCCUUAAGCCGUGGCCAGUAGAUGUCAAAAUCAAGGCUCUACCUCUUCCAGACAGGCUGAAGUGGUACCUCCUCAUUGACCACGCUGCUGCCGGGCACGAGGACCUUUGA